CAUUUCACUUCCUCCUUCUCUGGCUGACGGUCACGUGAUCUCCGUCGCACUGUGGAUCCUGUCUGCCAGCUGGACUGAAGUCGUCUAAAGUUUGUACUUCUGAGAUAUAGUCCUGCUUUCUUUUAACACCACCACCAUGGCGGACUUAAGUUUCGUGAUCUCCAUGUCCGUGGUGACUCUGUUUUGGGGCAUCGUUGGAGGAGUCGUGCCCUGGUUCAUCCCUAAAGGACCCAACAGAGGAGUGAUUGUCACAAUGCUGGUGUUGACUGCAGUUUGCUGCUACCUGUUCUGGUUGAUAGCAAUUCUGGCCCAGCUGAACCCACUUUUUGGACCCAGUCUGUCCACUGACACCAUCUGGUACCUGAACUAUCACUGGCAGUAAUUUACUCUGCCAGGACUCCUGACCAUGCAGCAGGGGAAGACCUGACACGGCUGCAUACCAAUAGAAGUUUUCUUCUCACUUCAUGCAGAGAUCAUUCCCUCUGAAUCGCCUUAAGCUCAGACUCCUGUCUGUGGACAGAGUGACGCCCACACUGGUGCCUUGUACAAAAAAUGUUUCCCCAAGUACUUCCUGAGAGAUCUCACUGAAUGUGCUUUACUUUAAAUUAAAACAACCUUCACUUGUUGAUUGGUUUAUAUGUUAUGUAUAUCCUGUUCAUUGCUAUUGUUAAGAUCAAUGACUGUGCCGGUUGAUGUGUGUUUGAUGUGAUCUUGUUUUGUCUCGUAAUAUUAAUGAUGGAUGAAAUGAAUUCAAUAGCUGUUAAUAAAAAAACAAAAACAAUAAUCCA